AUGUCAGAAUUUUAUCUAUUCGGACGUCCAUCGGAAUUAAAACAAUCAGAACAAGAAAUUCGUCAUGUAUUCAGACAUCUAGUUACAACAUUAUACAGUCAAAAAUGGAAAAUAGUCGACCAGAUAACAGAUUGGAGUGCGACACUUAUUCGUCAGAUUCAAGAACAUGUGGAUGAUCAAAGAAAACUUCUCGAUCAAAUCUAUGAACAAAAAGUAUCUUAUCUUGACACUGUACGAGAUCAAUUUCUCAAACAAGUUCUUGUAUAUGAUGAAAAAAAUGAUAUCCAACAAAUUCAUCAAUUAAUAAAACAAUGUAAUAAUCUAAAAUUUGAAGUAGCUAUGCUAGUUUAUGUUGAACGACCUAUUGUUUCCAUACAGCUCAUGGCAGAAGAACUAUCACCACAAGUAUAUCAACAUGAAUCUAUUGAAGAGGAACAAUCUCAAAUAAAACUAAUCGAAAAUAAUAAUAACGAUAUAAAUACUAAUAAUAAUAAUUCCGACGAACAGACAAGUUCAUCACCAAAAAUGAUAUUAGUAAAUACAGAAGCAACAAAUCUACUGCCACCACCAGCAAUACAAUCCAAUAAUUAUGACGAUCAAUCGAUCGUUAACAGUCAUGAAUUAAAAACUAAUAUAACUCAACAUAGUCUUCUAAUGGAGAAAUGUCCUAUAUGUUAUAUGAUAUUUCCAAAGAUUAUGUCUGUAUCCGAACGAAAUCUACAUAUUAAUGAGCAUUAUAAAGACGAUUAA